AGUCACUUGCCCCAGUGACAAAACGCUACCGACAGAUUCUGGCGAAAACUUUGCUACAGUAACUUGGCCAGCGCCACAGGUUACAGACAAUGUCGACAGAAAUCUACAAGCCACUUGUGAUCCAGCAUCUGGAGGUCCGGUGGAAACUGGUGGUCCGUUGACAGUAACAUGUGAGGCUACUGAUACUGCAGGAAAUGAAGGCAGUUGUAUGUUUACUAUUACGGUAGAAGACAACGAAAAGCCAAAACUAAAUUGUCCUCAAAGCGUUGAACGACCAACAGAUCAAGGUGAAAAUUUUACCACUUAUGACAUUAACGAGCAAGUGAGCGCAACUGAUAAUGUAGAUGUUGUCGUUCCUAAUUGUGUACCAAAUACCGAUACUUUUUAUCUCAAUGGCCCAACAAGUAUCACCUGCACAGCCACUGAUAACAGUGGUAAUGCUGAAAGCUGCAGUUUUGAAGUAACUGUUUACGAUCCAGAGCCGCCAAAAUUCGAAAAUUGUGUGGAUCAAACAUUUAUACUGUUGUUUAAUGAUGAUGGUGAAGCAGUAGUAAAUUAUACAAAGCCACGUGUUACAGACAAUGUUGGAGUUGUGUCGGGUCCAGUCUGUACUCCAAAUAGUGGAAGUAUGUUUUCAAUGGAUUCAACUUUGGUAACCUGUAAUGCAUCUGAUGCUGCUGGCAAUAUAGGAAACUGUUCAUUUAAUGUCAUACUAAUAGAUUGUGUAAAAGGUACUUUUGGAGAAUUUUGUAUGAACUGCACAUGUGUGGACAAUAGUCUUUGCGAAGAAACUACUGGAGAUUGUCCAGGAUGUGAUGAUCAAAAAGACUAUGGGUUCGAGUGUAAUUACAGGGAUUUGUAUCCCAAUAUCACUGCUACAGGUCUCUCUGUACGUGAUGGCAAUGUAACACAGCAUAGGGGAGAAAAUGUUGAGCUUGUAUGCAAAUACAAUUUACUGAAUAUUAUUGGGUACUGGAGCAAGGAUGGAGUAAAAGUGAUGAGUUUUACAGGAGAAACCACUGGAAAUGCAACUUACACCAUACAUAGUGUGGACUUUAGUGACAUUGGUACAUACAACUGUACUCUUACUCAACAGGUAUAUACUGACAUAAGAACAUCUGUUUCUGAGUCUGUUUUUGUUAGUGUUGAAGUCCCUGCUCAAUUUGUAACAAGACCGCAAAGCGCCCAAGGCAGACUGCAAGAUAAUUUAACGUUUAACUGCUCAGCAGAGGGGAAUCCUGAAGUUGAUAUCACCUGGAUCAGAAACUCCAAUAGACUGGUGGGAACAAAGUACACAAUUUCUGAAAAUGAAAAUAAAGAAAGCAUGAUCUUUACAACAAAUAGUACACUGGUUGUAUAUAAUAUUUCAAGAAGUGACAAUGGUAGUUACGAAUGCCAAGCUGAGAACGAACUAGUUAAUGAGGUUAAAGAAGGUGUUGCAUCCUUCAGUAUAACUGUUCUAGAAAAACCAGACCCUGUAACAAUCAAUGAUGUAACAUCAACAGACAAAACAAUCAUUGUUACAUGGACCCGAGGAAAUGAAAGGAAUAGUCCAAUUCAAACAUGCACUGUUCAAUACAGGGAGGAAAGUGAAAGCAUGCUUAAAACUAUAGUGGCUGAAAAGGAGAAUUCUCACACAAUAACAGACCUCAAGCCUUACACCGAUUAUUAUAUACAGGUAUUCUGUACUAAUGCUAUAGGAGAAAGUGAUAAAGAAACAACUUCCAAACGAACUGAUGAAGCCGAAAACAAUACAGGAAUGAUAGUUGUGGUUUCAAUUGUUGUAAUCUUAGUCAUAGUUGUCGUUGUUCUUGUGGCGGUUAUGUCCAUAAAUAGACGUCAUUAUUUAAGAGAACGUUUCUUUGGUAGUGGUAGUGGAAGACGACAACAAUUUGAUGGUCCACUUGAACUUGGGAGUAGGGACAACACCGGAUACUUACAAGAAUAUCCAGCUAUCUCAGUAGAGAGACUUCAGCCCACCUUCGAGGAAAAACACAGGGAUGGCGACAAACUAUUUAAUCAGGAAUACAAGUCUUUACCACAGUCAUCGAGAGUUAUUACAACAGAAGCUAGUAAUAUGGCAGAGAAUAAGGGAAAGAACAGAUACAUCAAUAUUCUGGCAUAUGAUCAGAGUCGUGUAAUUCUUAAUGAGAUAGAUGGAGAACCUGGAUCAGACUACAUCAAUGCAUGCUAUGUGGAUGGUUAUGAUUUCAACAAUAAAUUCAUUGCAGCCCAAGGACCUAAAGAAGAGACAGUUGUGGAUUUCUGGCGGAUGAUUUGGGAGCAAAACUCACCAGCUAUUGUCAUGCUCACAAAGACAUUUGAGAAAGGAAGAGAAAAAUGUGCUCAGUAUUGGCCAGAUUCAGGCUCACAGGAAUUUGAACAGUUCACCAUCACUCUGGAGGAUACGGUGAAGACGUGCGAAUAUGUCAUUCGCAAAUUCCGCAUCCAAAAUUCUGAUUAUGAAAGUGAGUCCAGAUCUAUCCAACAGUACCAUUUCAUUGGCUGGCCUGAUUUUGGGAUUCCUGACUAUCCAUAUACCAUGCUGUCUUUCAUCAAACGUAUACGACAGAUGGUACCGAAGCCAACGUCCAACGGCGAUAUAGGACCACUCACAGUUCACUGCAGUGCUGGUGUUGGUCGAACAGGAACGUAUAUUGUGAUUGACGCCAUGUUGGAUCAAAUGGUAGCUGAGAAGCAAGUAGACAUAUACAACUUUGUAUCCAAGAUCAGAGGUCAAAGAAAUCUUUUGGUUCAGUCACAGGUCCAGUAUGUUUUUAUACAUCAAGCACUUAUGGAGGAGUACUUGUACAAUCAAUCAGAAAUUGAUGUAACCAGCAUGCAACAGAAAUGGUCUGAUCUCAUUUUAAAGCCAUCAAAUUCAGAUUUCACAAACUUGGAACUGGAAUUCAGGCGAGUGACACAAAUCCCAACUUCACAUCUAACACAAAAGGAUGGAACACUGGAUCCUAACAAGAUAAAAAAUAGAUUAUUACAAGUGAUACCAUUUAAUUACAACCGAGUGAAACUGCAGCGGUUGAUUGGCAAAGAACACUCCGACUACAUAAAUGCUUCCUAUAUUGAUGGCUACGAAUACAAAUCCAUGUACAUAGCCACACAAGGUCCAACCAAAGAUACUAUUGGAGAUUUCUGGAGAAUGGUUUGGGAUGAACGAACAUCUUGCAUCAUCAUGAUGACAGAUUUAGAAGAAAAUGGACAGGAGAGGUGUACAAAGUAUUGGCCAGACGACAAUACUCCAGUGGUACAUGACACAAUCGCAGUGCAAGUGAAAGAGCAACGGGAAGUAGAAGGAAGCGAAUACAUAGUCCGUGAAUUUCAGGUCACAAACACAAAGGUAGAGAACAGUUCACUGGGUGGUGAGUCAAGGAGUGUAUUUCAGUAUCACUAUGUUGGCUGGCCUCAUUCAGGCGCUCCCAGCAGUGGGACAGGUCUAGUCGACUUGAUCGGAAAGGUUCACAAGUAUCAAGAAUCGAUCCACUCAACCUUUCCGAUUGUUGUACAUUGCAGUGGUGGAGCUGGGCGUACUGGUGUCUUUAUAGCUCUCAGUAUAAUGCUUGAACGUGUCAAAGCAGAAGGAGUGAUUGACGUCUUCCAAACAGUAAGGACGCUACGGCAGCAGCGCCCUCACAUGGUUCAAACCUUUGAGCAAUAUGGCUUUUGUUAUCAUGCUGUUCGAGAGUAUAUGGAUUCAUUCGACCACUACGCCAACCUAAAAUAGAUGUCCAAAAUUUUGGCUUCUUAGCUGUUGUGUGAAUGUAUCAGUAAUUUAUCAUAGAGAAGGAUAAAGCCAAAUAAAGAAUUUUUCUUAUUUUUCUAGUUGAUUUUCUUUCACAGCUUAUAAUAAUGACCAAAUUCUUUGAUUUUGUUAUGUUUUUCUUGUAUACAUUUUCAUUUUUAUUUUUCAUAAAUUUUGAUAUUUAAAAAAAAAUUAAAUAUGAUGGAAUUUUUUCUAUUAUGUUGAUAUCUUAUGAAUAUAUACUAAUAUAUUGUACUUUAUUUUGUUGUAUUUAGAUUAGAGAGUGGAGUAUUUCUGGUUUCAUAUAAAAUGAUUAAGACUAUCUUAAAUUUAAGGUUGUCUACUUAAAUAUUGAAAAGUAAUUACCUCUAUUUUUAUAUUUUUUUAACUUUUUAAUCUGUUUUCCCAUAUGACAUUGGAAGAAUACAUACCCAUUUUGUGAGUUUUUCUAGUAAUUUUGGGUAAAUUGAAUAAGGUCUAUUUUCUCAAGAGUAGUCUCUAUAUGUCGGUGAUAUGGACCAGAGUGAUAUAAUACCACUGGUAGUCUGUGUAAUGGGACUUAUAUGGAAAUAGGCCAAUACGUGCUAAUACAUGUCCAUAUUUGUCCAUUUAGCUUCGAUACAUUUUUUAUUGCAUUCAUAUAUGGACCUUCUCCAGUAUGAUCUUACCAAUUUCUUUGUAUAUCACGGCACAUUUUAUAAGAGAAUUUCAGACUUUGAUACUAAAUUGAUUAAUUUUAACAGUUUUUUAAUUAUAAUGAGCGAGAAGAGCUUGACUUCCUUUCAUUAAAUGAGAGGAGGAAUUAUUAGUUUUAAGGUAAAAAUAAUAAUGUAUGUAUACUGUAGUAUAUAAAAGCUGUAAAUCAUGAGCGUUAGUGAGGAUUUGGAAUCUAAAACUCUGUUAACACUGUUGAGUGACAAAAAAUCAGACAUUUGUCAAUAUAUGGGCAUAGUAAGAAUUUAACAUGCCCGUAUAUGGGCGUGAUAUGACUUUAUUAGUUCAAGUUCAAAAGAACAUUUAUUUCUCUAAAAUUUUAUAAUAGAAAAUGAAACAUUUUCUUAAAAAUAUAAUGCUGGUAUAUUGGCAAGAUAUGAUUUUUAUCGUGCCCAUAUAUGGGCACGAUAUGGGAUCAUGCAAAAAUUAUGAGAUAAACGUUAUAGUACAGAGUACAGAGCUUUUCGAAAGUGAUAACAAGUACGAUUAUAUUGCAUAUUUAUUUUUGGCUCACUACGGAUGCAAACCAAUUUAGCCAACUUGUGUAAUAUGUACAAGAACAGAGGAUCUGGCCUGGCCCCUAAGGUCUGUUUUUUUGACAUGAGCUAGGACAAACAAGUUCUGAUUGCUCCUGUUUGACAGCAGUAUAUUUAUUUUAAUAUCAUAGGUUUAAUCACAGCUUAAUAAUCAGUAAUUCUCAUAAAAUCGAGAUAUAAAUGGAGAUCAGCUCAUAAUACACAAAUAUACUCUGACAGAUAAAAUUGGGGAUUGGUUUCAUAGCCUAAAAUGAUGACGUAACAGUAUUUGUUAUCUUUGUUGUGAGAUUGCAAAUCCUCUCUAUAGAUGAAUUGGACAUAUUCGUAUUUUAUAAGAAUUAUGAUAUACUUAUUUAGAAAUUGAGAUAUAUAAGUGAUAAUAUAUUAUAUUAACUAAUUAGAGACUGAUUUGUAGAAAUGAAUUUACAUGCGCUGAUAACCGGAUAGAAUGCAUGAAAUCUGGUGACAAUAUUUUGAUUAUAAAUUAUCUUAGUAUCCUUUUGAACACAUUAAUUAACAUUUUUAUCACAUAAUCUGAGGAUGUGCAUUUUCAGCUAUUUCUAACAUUAAAUAACAUAUUUUCUUGUGUUUUUUAAAUAAAAUAUAUGUUUUUUUUAUCAUAUUUUUAUUGUAAUUACAAUACAUUCUCUGACAGCUUGAACUAGUGAGUACUGGAGUCAAACAAACCAAAUUAUAAACAGAAUUUAAUACUUUUAAUUUUUUAAACUUAAAACUUUCAAAUUUCAUAAAUUGACUAAUUCAAGUAAAAUCAGAAGAAUUUAAUUCUUACUGAAAUAUCCUACCCAGUCAUGUACUGAGGUGUUAAAACAAAGAAACUUACGGUAUUAAUAUUUAUGUUGAUUUUAUAAUCAAAUAUCUAUGCAAUUGUUAAAAUGAUAUGUAAUAUAAGACCACAUAAAGAGAUACUGACUUUUUUUAUUUUUUUUUUUUUGGUAUACAUAUUUAAAAUGUUAAUUUGCCCAAAUCUCUUAUGAACCAAUUUGAAAUCAUGUCAUUUUGAAAAUAGGAAUGAUGUUUUACCCUCCCUGAUAUUCAGUACGUUCCCGAAUACUAGCAAGAAAUCAUGCAAGUGAUUCGAGUGGGAAUACUAUUAGAAUAUUUUUUUAAUAGUUCUCUGAAUCUAACAGGGUAAAUCUUACCUGCCAUAACUAGGAUUUCCAUAGAUUUAGAGGGGAUUCUUUGUAAUCUUCACAAAGUAUUCACACAAGCACCUACAAUUUGUAUUUCUCCAUGGUUAGGCAUAAUACAAAUUCCUAACUGCCACUGAAAUUAGUUUUUGCUUUGAAAAUGAAGGAAGGAUAAUGAAACAUCAUCUUUGAAUAACAUCUAAUAAAAUUUGAACUAUUCUUUCAUGUUGCGACUUUUUAAAUGCGACUUUUUAAAGAGAUUAAAAUCAAUGUUUUGUCUUACAGGAAGCCUGUAAUUUAGAUUGCAUAUUAUUUGCUCCUUUUUAGAUAUCGUAUAGAGUAUGUUUUAUAAAUAAAUAUAUAAAUAUCAAUUAACUAUUAUACCACUGUCUUUUUAUUAACGAAUAUCAUGUUUUAACAGCUUCUGAGGUUCACUACAAACUUUCUAGGUUGUAACGAGUAGAAUUGUUUAAGUCUAAAUAACUAACACUAUACACAGUGCCUUACACGUACAGUAGUGUAAAGGGGAUAAAUAUGAUAUAUUUUCUUACUUAAGCGAACAGUAGGUGGUGUUGGACACGAUUUAUGUUGAGAGUAAUAUCCACGUUGUACAAGAUCAAAGCAAUAGAAAUAUGCGUCUCGUAGUCUUGUCUGUUUUAAAAUGUGACAAUUGAAGAAAUGUCUGUGUCUAGCUUGUUCGUACAUGUUCAACUUUCAUGAUUUUGUUUCAAUAAAUUGACGAGAGAUCA